AUGGAAAGAAAUAGGCACUCAUCAAGCGGCACGACCGCCUUCUCGGGCGCGUCGACCAUGGAGUCGGACCCGACGAGUUUCCCCGAGAUGGAAGGAGAGUAUCCCUGCCUCCCAAAUCUCUGGAUCUGCGGUGUGGAUCUCACAGAUGACCAAGAGCUCAUCAUGGAACAUCUAAUCGAACACCUCAAUCAUCCUCGCAUACUGUCAUCUGAGGCGACUGCUGACGCAGUUUAUAGUCUGAUGCCACUCAAGACUGUCCCAGAAGGUAACGGACCGUCUGACACGCUGGCGCGUCCACUAUCCUCCAACAGCAUGGAGUUGAGACACCCAGCCGCCAGCGUGAUGAGAGAGUUUUGGUGCAUCUUUGACGUCGCAAAGAAUGUACCCCAUUGGCAUCCUGCCCAGGAGAGACUUCAGAACCUCAUCAAGAAGCUGGCAGACCUCUACGAGACAGAUGCGGAGGUUACAAAGAAGGAGUGGACGAGCCGUGAGAACGAUGGCCGGGGAACAAAUCCCUCUUCUCAUCGCAUAUGGUGGGACCCCUUGCCCUACUUCUUGGACUCUCUCUUCAAGUUUGUCCUACCCUACCCGCGUGACGAAAGAGAUCAGGAUGUCAUGUGGCACUGGACCAACUUCUCUUGGUUCCAAGCUCGAACUGCUGCUACCGCCCCCCACAGCAUCAUUCCCGCCGCCACGUGGGUGUUGCGCGCCGCUCUCGAAGAUUUUCACCCCGUCACCAUCGAACAAUAG